AGAGGGCCCCACCCCUACUGCCUAGCAGCAUGUGAGUGCGCAAUACUGCUGGAGCGAAGUGGGGAACCUGCAAGCUUUUUGACCCCAAAAAUAAUAGCAGAAACAGCAUACAACGUAAGGAUGGAGGAAGCAGAUCAAGGGGCUGUGAGACCAGACUUUACCCCAGAGUUAGGUGAGGAUGCAGUGAGGUCAGUGACCGUGUCCCCUGCCAUCCCCACCCUGACAGAGGAGGAGCAGGAGGAGCUUCGAGGGGAGCUGCUCAGGGUGGAGGAUGAGAUCUUGACUCUGUCUCAGGUGCUGGCAACUAAGGAGAACCAGUUGGCAGACAUCAAGAGGAAGCUGGGCAUCACUCCUCUCAACGAGCUCAAACAGAACCUCAGCAAGAGCUGGCACGAGGUCACCACCUCUACAGCCUAUAAGAAGACGUCAGAGGGCCUGUCCGUGGCCGGUCAGAAGGCCACAGCAGCCUUCAACAACAUGGGCUCAGCCAUCAGCAGGAAGUUUGAGGAUGUCAGCAUACGCUCCCUACAGCAUUCUGCUAGUAUGCCUGUAAUGAGGAACACACCCACCUUCAAGUCGUUUGAGGAGAAAGUAGAGACUUUAAAGGUCAAGAUGAGCCCGACGGUGUCUCAGGGUGACUUUGGCGACGUGUUGACCUCUACUGCAACCUCUGACCCGUCUGUUGUCGUGGAGAAACAGCCAGAGGCCACGCCCAUCGUCAUCCAGGAAGAACAUCUCCAGUGAGACCAGCCUGACCUUUCACCCCUGAUCCGCUGGAACUUUACCCUUCUGUCUCCUCUCUCUCACCUCCUCUCACAUCCUCCCUUCUGUCUCCUCUCUCUCUCACCUCCUCUCACGUCCUCCCUUCACCUCUCACGUCCUCCCUUCUGUCUCCUCACUCUCUCACCUCUCACGUCCUCCCUUCUGUCUCCCCUCUCUCUCUCUCUCCUCCUCUCACUUCCUCCCUUCUGUCUCCCCUCUCUCUCUCACCUCCUCCCUUCUUCACCUCCUCUCACUACAAACCUCCACAGCACAACAAAACAGAUCCAACAACCAAAUAAAUAUUUAAAAAAUGAUGAAAAUAUUGUUGUGCCACCAUAACACUUAAGUUUGUAUGACUGUGUGUUUGUAUUAGAAUGGCCGUGGUUUAGGAACCUGUACAAGUAGAAGACGAUACAUGGCACACAAAGGAUAGAAUGUGUCCCAGCCAGGGGUGCUUUAUUCUGUAUAUUAAUAGCACAGAGUCCUUAUAUUUGCAUGUCUUUGAGUUGGAACAGGCAUUUUGGAGGGUACUUCAAUUUCCCAUUUUCUUCUUAAUCACUGUACUACUUUAAGAUUUGAUUUCUAGAGAACGCAUGGUCCUCUAACACCUGAAGUGAUGGUCUCGGUUAAAGACAUUUGUUACUGUCACCGAUAUCUUCAAACCGUGUCCAUCUCUGUCUGAAUAGCACUAGUAAUGUGGUGUAGAGCACUGCUGAGUAGAGUUAAUCCCAGAUCAGUGUUGCUCACCCACUCCUCUCCCAGUUUAACCAUAGGGGGGGUGGUCUAAAUCUGACCUCCAAGCAGUUCAUAGUGCUCAACUCUGACAUUCGAGAGGGUGGGCCAGUGCAUUCAGAUCCGUGUGAAACGGUGGUCACCGCACCAGUUCCGUGGUGUCUUAUUAUGGUAUGUCAGCAGGCCUUAACUCUCCGUUCAGUCUAUAUCACUCACUGCCUCGCAUGGUGGGGCCAAAGUCAAUAUUGGACCACUUGUCUUAUUGGUUUCUGUGAGGGACUAGGCUAUUUUCUCUCUGCUUGGAAUGCUGAAACAGGAUAGUCACUGGAUGCUGUGUACUUCUCUACUGUUGAAUGUUUGUUUUUUACUCUCAAAGUAUAUCCAUAUAUAGUGGGAUAAUACAUUUUUGGCGUUUACAUUAUGAGGGGGUGGCUUCUGAUUAAAGAAAAUCUGUAACCAAUUUUUGUUUUGUUUUCCUACAUACCACAUUGGUGAUGAUACAUACAGCCUUGGACACUAGUGAGUAUGUGGUGUAAAUACAUGCCUGAUGCAAGUCCUCCCCUACUGGAAGACGACUGGCCACAUCAUGGCAUGGAUUUAUUGAGGAAGUGAAAACUUUUGUAAGAAAAGCCUUGGUUCCACCAUUAAAAAUGAAUUAUGGCUAAUAGAA